GUAAGGUAAACUCAACGUGAUUCAUAAAUCGUGUCUGGUGGUACGGAAUUGCGUAAGAACGUUAUCCCCCCGCUGCGCUGGUCAACAACAAUCUGACCUGUUCCGUGGAUCCCGGUCUGUCAUUUCCUAUCAGAACGGGGUUGUGGCUUUACAGCCUAGAUGAGAUCUCCAGUAAUCCACUCAGCACAAGCUACUUAAUUCGCAACCCCGACUGGCGACACACGGUUUAAUCAUCUUCGUGCUAUCUUCCCUGCAAACGCUCGGAGGGAAGUUCUACUCCGUAACGCUUUGGAGCUCAUUCAAGUACCGAGUGCGGACCCGAGCGGACGCUUAACUACCGAACCAGAGAGAUCAUUCCAAUUGCGAUAAAGUGUGGCUGAGGUUAGAUAAACCGUGAGUGACAAACGAUUUCAGACGAUUUUGCUGAUCGUACGUUUUGACCGAAGUGUGGAAAGUGAGCAAAGAAGUGCAUCCAACAAUCGCCACCGAUUGGUCAGUGCAACCGGGGUGUGGUGUGCCAGUGUAAAUUAGGUUUAUUGAAAUACUCGUUUAGUGUUAGGCUGGGAUAUUCAGAGGGAAUAAAAGCCGUCGGACUAUUUUAGCAAGCAGCGACCCAAAGGCGUUCUUGGAACUAAGAGUUGUCUCUUCAAACAUCAUAAAUCUACCAAGGUGGCACUUCACUGCUAGCAGGAUCAUAAACUCAACUUUGUUAGAGAGCUGAGGGUCGACAACCAGAAAGGAGAAAAAAGAGGCUUCCAUCGUAAAAAGGUGCCAAUAACGCCAACACUUCACCACCAUGGGUACCUUGCCACAGCUGGCGAUCAUCAAGGGGCAACAGCGUGCCCUGACUCCGGCCCUGCUCCAUCGGACCAUCGAAACCAACGUCGACAAACAGUGCGGACUGAAAACGGCGCUCAUAUAUAAUGACGAAAAACUCGGCCAACUCAAGACCAACUAUCAUGUGCUGAACUCAACGGCAAACCGGCUAGCGGCAGCCGCCAUUGACGAGAUUAGUAAUCACCACAAAUCGCAACCCAACCGUGACGGAGAUUACAUCAUUGCAGUUUGCAUGCACCCCAGCGAUCGGUUGGUGACUAUGCUGUUGUCGAUUUGGAAAGCCGGUGCUGCAUACCUUCCCCUGGAUCCAACCUUCCCACCGAACCGGAUCGAACACAUUCUGGGUGAAGCCCGCCCACUGCUGGUGGUCUACGAGGACUACGAAAAUGUGGCUGUUUUCGGGGAAACUCCCGCUAUCUCAUAUGCUGACUUGCGCGAGAAGGCCAGCGGCCUGAGCAACGCAAACAUCCUACCGGAACAAAUGCUAGGUGCAGGGAACAACGAGCUCGCGCUGGUGCUCUACACAUCCGGAAGCACCGGUGUUCCCAAAGGUGUCCGGCUCAACCAUGCAACGAUUAUGAAUCGAUUACAGUGGCAGUGGAACCGAUUUCCCUACUCGGAAACUGAGAAGGUCGGCAUAUUCAAAACAGCCCUAACUUUCGUCGAUUCUGUCACGGAGAUAUGGGGCCCCCUCAUGAACGGAAUGGCCGUCGUUGUCGUGCCGAAGAAGAUCACCAACAAUCCGGAAAAAUUGGUUGAGCUUCUGGAGGAGUACCGAAUUGAACGGUUGGUCCUCGUGCCCACACUUCUGCGGUCUUUGCUCUUGUAUCUCCCGAUGCAGAAGAAGAAGCUGCUGUACAAUCUCCGAAUAUGGGUUUGCUCCGGAGAGCCUCUACAACUGUCACUGGCCAAAGAAUUCUUCGACUAUUUCGAGGAAGGAGUCCAUGAAUUGUGCAAUUUCUAUGGUUCCACCGAGGUUAUGGGCGAUGUGACCUACUUCGUCUGUGAGUCAAAGAAGCAGCUCAGUAACUACGAAAAAGUUCCUAUUGGCUAUCCACUGGAUAACACUGUGAUAUACAUCCUGGAUCCCGAGCUUCAUCCGGUGAAAUCGGGAGACAUUGGUGAACUGUUCGUUGCCGGUUUGAACGUCGCCCAAGGUUACGUGAAUGGGCGAGAUCCCCAGCGAUUCAUCGAGAAUCCGAUGGCCGUUGAUCCCGUCUACACGCGCCUCUAUCGCACCGGAGAUUUUGCAUCCGUGAGCAAAGGUUGCGUUUACUACGAAGGCCGUACCGAUUCCCAGAUAAAGAUUCGUGGCCACCGUGUUGACCUAUCGGAGGUGGAGAAGAACCUUCUAUCACUGCCGGGCGUCGACAAGGGUAUAGUGCUAUGCUACCACGGAGGGGAAAUCGACCAAGCCCUGCUGGCAUUCAUCACUGUCGAAGAGAACUCACCGUUCCAAACGGGGGUUCAGGUUGAGGGAGCUCUCGAGCGGCGGCUGGCGCACUACAUGAUACCCCAGGUCAUCAUGCUGGAUACCAUCCCACUGCUGGUCAACGGCAAAAUGGACCGGCAGAGUCUGCUGAAAAUGUACGAGAAUACCAACAAUAAUGAUGACGCCACGAUCGAGAUCGAGUACGAUUACAGUGGCGUUCCGGAGCACAAGCUGGACAUGGCGAAGGAUCUGUUCACUACGGUGGGUGAGGUAAUCGGCCGCUCCACCCGGGCUAAGAUCUCCCUACAAAGCAACUUCUACGAGUUGGGGGGAAACUCGCUCAAUUCAAUCGUCACGGUGACGCAACUCUGCCAGAAAGGCCAUGCGAUCAGCAUCACAAGCUUCAUUGGGGCCGACAAUCUGGGGGAGAUUCUUGACAAGAUGUACAACAACCAGCGGCACAUCGACGAGCAAGAACAGCGAGUAGAGAAUGAGUUUGAGUUCGAGUAUAAAAUGCAGCUAACCGCUCAUCCACUGGCCGAUGAGCACAAAGAAGACGCAAUCAACAUCCUGACGUACAGUUUCUACGAGAAGGCCGAUCUCGAGCGGUGGAUCAAACCACUGAUCAAACAGUCGGACUAUCGUCACAUCUUGGAGGAAAUCUGGGAUGUUCUAAUCGAAAAGCAGCUGAGUUUCGUUAUCAAGAACGCAGAGGGCCAAUCGGUCGGAGUGUCGCUUAAUUUCGAUGCCUACGAUGAACCGGAACCGGAGUUGCAUGACAACAAUCUAGUCAUCAUCUUCGAAUUCCUGGAACACGUAGAGAACCCAAUUCGCGAGCAGAAACUUCCCAAAGGCAAAAACGAAAUCCUGCACUCGUUCAUGAUGGGCACCUGUUCCGAUCUGAACGCACAAGAAAACAUCGAGGCUAUGCACUUUAUGGAGAAUGAAGUGCUGAAGAUUGCCACCCGCCGGAAAUUCACGGGCAUUCUUACGACCAACACCAGCCCAUUGACGCAGCAGCUCGGUUCCGACGUUUACAAGUACGAAAACAUGCUGGACUAUCAGAUCAACCGGUGGGUAUGCAGCGAUGGUACGCGGCCCUUCGGCAAGGCUCCCGACGACCAGCGGGUGAUUGUGCACUGGAAAAAUAUCCGAAAGCAGCACUAAAAAAUACCUGAUCCGGGCGGUCGAACCUAGCUUGUAGUGUGCUAACUUAUAUUUAUCGUGUUAUUGUAUUACUAUCGAGUUAAGCUUAGGGUUUUCUAACAAGAAAGCGAUACAUUUCCUAGAACGAAGAAACAUGUAGAUGUGAUAGACUAGAAUUGUGAAUUCGUCGCAAGAGUUUUUUUUAAAUUAAUUGCGACAGAAUUGAUUUGCGUUGAAAAGUGAUAUUUAUUAUAUACAUUCGUACAAAAUAUGGACCCAAACACAAGAAAGAAGAAGAUGAGAAGAUAUUUUUAUGCAAUCUGUAUCUAAACCAUGACUAGCCGACUAUUUAUGAUAAUAAAUUAAAUUUUACUAUAAAGAAAA